AUGGCAUUCGGCCCGCCACCUGCCUGGGGCGGUUUUGUCCCGGGCAAUGGGCGUCCGGUGAGAGGAUUUUGGGAUGGUGAUGACAUACCUGCAUCUCCAAUACCACGCGGACCAGCAGGCUUCCCUGGAAUGGGUGGACCACCUCCGCAGCACAUGUUCUCCCCUAGGCCAAUGCCGGUGCCCAUGCCCGGCGGUGGAGCACGUCGAGGACUGAGAGACAUGUUCAACGGGCUGCGAGCUGGCAGAGGCGUUCUGGGUCGACCCCCUAGGCCAGACUUGAGGAAGCCGAGGCGGAAUGGUGACCCUCCUGGCGCAAAAUUCGACCCGUCUCGAUUUGUGCGACCAGAAGAAGUUGAAAAGCCUAAAGCGAGAGGCAGGCCCCAGGGUGGUCUCAAUCUAGGCCUGCAGCCACAGAAUUUCCAGGAAGCCUUGCAUCCGGGACAAUUGCCUCGAGGCGGCUUCAAGGUCAUCAAAGCACUAAAGAGAGGCGGACAAUCAGAAGUCGUCAACCUUGUACAGGCAUCGAACGGCCAGCUGUUCGUCGAGAAGCGUAUCCGCCGUCGAGGUCGUGAAGAGCUUGCAGAGAGGGAACUCCGGACCCUCGCUACUGUCUCCAAGGGUUACGGUCCGGCUAAACACCUUAACACGAUGGUCGGGCACACGGCACAUGGGGACGCAAUAUCGUUGAUCCUCGAAUAUUGCGACGGCGGCUCAGUAGAUGAUCUUCUCGACAAGGCCAUCAAGGCCAAACGCCCGAUUUCCGAAGUCAUCAUCUGGAAUAUCCUGUACGGUGCGGCAGCUGGAUUGGCAUUCCUCCACGACGGCAUCAAAACCAUCACGCCUGGCACAGAGCAGCCGAAGACCCCGAAUUGGAAUACCAUCUGCCACCUUGAUAUCAAGCCUCAGAACUUGUUCAUCAGUCGCACCGGAGGCAUCGCCGGGCUGCCUCGGGUCAUUGUCGGCGACUUUGGUUGUGCGGUGUCCUUGAAGGAAAUCCAGAACGGGCAAGAGCAGGAGCGAGAGCAACCAUGCGGCACUCCUGCGUGGUACCCACCCGAGGGCAAAGGAAAGAUCUCUUACGGGACGAAAACCGACAUUUGGGCGCUUGGUUUGACGAUCUUCUGCCUCUGUCGCCUGACAUACAACCCCAGCAUGAGGGGACAUUCGCGAGAGAAUCUUUGCGGCAGGGCGUAUAGCCGUGAAAUGAACGCGCUCGUCCGACUCCUCACUGCCAGCGAUCUUUCGAAGCGGCCGCCUGCAAGAGAUGUGGCGUCGGCGGCUUUGAAGAUUUUGAAGGAGAAGGUGCAGAAAUAGAGUGUAUAAGGCUUGGGCGCAGGCGUCCUCAGAUCUUGGGCAGGACGGAGUGGAGUUGGACAGAUUUCGAUUUAUCGGAGAACUCGAACCUGCAAUGCAUGAGUUCAUGUGCAUGGCAUAGCUUCUGUAACAAUAUUAGUCAACAUAUUUGGCAAUAAGACGAGCCUGUUCUCGAAAUGUUCAUGACACGAUACUCUCAAACUCCUGCUUCA